UGAAGGAAAAGAACUAGGUUAAAAAUAAGAAAGCUGAGAGAGGGUAUAAAAGGGAAGUGUCCAAUAACCAUAGGUUGAACCAAACUGAACAAGAGCUGCAGCUGACAAUAAAAAUCUCGCAGGAAACUUAAGUCUCCGGUGACAAAUAAGACUCUCAACCAAGACAGGAUGCAUAUGACCCAACUGCUGAGCCAAAGGGAUAUGGGAGGCAAACAAGCUGGGCUCUAUUGUCUUAGCAUAUGCUUUACAGACAUUUUUAGAAUUUGAGCUCAAAGUGAAAUCACUCAGUUCAUUGCUCCUUCAUGCAGCAAAGAUGGAGAUUCCUCAGCAGGUAUUCUGGCAGCUGCUGCUUUUGGGACUGACAAUCCAGCCCAGUGAAGAGGUAGAAGCCUUGUGUUCUGGGACCACUUGCUACACACUGAAUUUUGGAAGGUUCAGCUGGAUGGAAGCUCAGCAAAAGUGCAGAGACAAUGGGGGUAACCUGAUGACUCUGAAAAGCCAAGAAGAGGCUUUGCUUGUCCAGCAGCUGCUGGCCAAGAUGCCCAAAGGGGAAGCUGGCACAGUUGUGGAGCUGAAGUAGCAUGUGGACCCCAAGGAGAGGAGAUACCUAACAUCUUCCUUGUGUGCAAGCCACAGCCAAACAGCAAUAUCUCUGAAUGGA